CUCCAACAAAUCCCCCGGCCCCGAGCUCACCAACCUUUCGCGUGCCGAUAGACUGACUGGACUUCCCGCCGUCUUCGUGAGUUGCUUCGCGCUUCCUAUAUAAAAGCAGGCUGGCUGCUGUCUCGCAGCUUCGCGCCAGCAGCACAAACACCGGAGGGAGGAGAGGCAGCCAGCAGGGCCGGGCGGGCACCGAGCGCUGUUGUGUCGGUGCCCAAGCUGGGAAAAAAAUCGCCGGAGGGAAGAGAAGCCCCGGCGGCUCCCUUGGUUGGCACUUGGCAAGCAAGCAGCAACCCAUACCCGUCUCCAGCCGAGAUCUGUCUCGAGCUCCGGCCGCAAGCCGGCAGGCGACCGCAGAGGCGCAGAUUCCGGAUCGACCGGCAUGGACGCGGGGGACACCAUGGAGAGGGGCGUUCGUGCUGUGCUCCGGCCUAAGCUGCUCGCUCUCCCGUCAGGUCUCACGCGCUCUAUCUCAAUGGGCACUCCACGCCUGCCGACGCCCUGCACGCCGCGCUCUCCCUUCCUGAUCACUCCACACCGGCUGGCAUCCUUCACGCCGGAUCGUCAGCGAUCCAUUGGAGCGAGGAGCCAUGGAGACAUGGAAAAGACUCAGGGGCCAGAGACUCAGGACGGCGACUUGCAAGUGCCGCUCCUUGAUGAUAAGAACUGCGCCGGCAGCAAGGCGCCAUUGGUAGUUCUUGGGUUCGAGUGCUUGGAGAGCACAGCUUUCAAUGGCAUCUCGACGAACCUGGUGAUGUACCUGGAGACCGUCCUCCACGGCAGCAACGUGGCCAGCGCCUCCAACGUCACGCUGUGGUUCGGCACCAGCUACCUGACACCAGUCUUCGGCGCCAUCAUCGCCGACGCCUUCUGGGGCAACUACAACACCAUCCUCGUCUCCCUCGCCAUCUACCUUCUUGGGAUGAUUCUGGUGACCUUAUCGGCGUUCCUGCCGACGGACACGGUGCUCGGCGGCUCCUCGGUGUUCGGCGCGCACACGGUAGCGUUCGUGGGGCUUUACCUCGUCGCGAUCGGGAGCGGCGGGGUGCGGUCAUCGCUGCUGACGUUCGGCGCGGAGCAGUUCGAUGACGACAAUGCGGCGGAUCGCGAGAACAAGCUGUCCUUCUUCAGCUGGUUUUACCUAUGCGUCGACUUUGGCCCGAUCGUCUCCGGCCUGUUCAUCGUGUGGAUCCAGGAGAACAUCAGCUGGGGCCUCGGCUUUGGCAUCUCUACCGCCUGCAUCGCGCUGGCCUUGGGCGCAUUCGUGCUCGCCACGCCCAUGUACAAGCGCUCGACGCCCACCGCCGGCAAGGCGUCCGUCAUCUCCGACUCCGAGACGGGCUUGGAAGCGAUAUCGGAGGAGGCGGGCUCGUCGCAGAAGCUCCGCGCCGCGACGAAGGCAGAGGAGUUCAAGACCCUGCUGGGACUUCUGCCCAUCUGGGCGACCAGCAUCAUCGUCUCCUCGGCGUACACGCAGAUGAACACCACCUUCAUCCAGCAAGGCAGCGCCAUGAACGUGUCCGUCCUGUCGGUGCAGGUGCCACCGGCGUCGAUGGGCUCGUUCGAGGUGGUCUGCGUCCUCAUAUGGGUGCUGCUGUACGGCCACGUGAUCGUGCCGGCGCUGAGGGGAUGCGGGUUCUCGUUCGGCGGCGACGGCGAACCGUCUCAGCUGCAGCGCAUGGGCGCCGGCCGGCUCCUCAUGGCCCUGGCGAUGGCGGUCGCGGCGCUCGUGGAGAUGAAGCGGCUCGGCAGCGCGGCGCGCGGGGAGGAGAUCACCAUCGCGUGGCAGAUUCCGCAGUACUUCUUCCUGGCCGGCGCGGAGGUGUUGUGCUACAUCGCGCAGCUGGAGUUCUUCUACGAAGAGGCGCCGGAAACCAUGAAGAGCACGUGCACGUCGCUCGCGCUGCUCACCAUCGCCCUGGGCAGCUACCUCAGCUCCUUCAUCUACGCUAUCGUGGCAGCAUUCACGGCCACGGCGGACAGUCCCGGAUGGAUCUCCGACAACCUAAACCAGGGCCAUCUCGACUACUUCUUCUGGACCAUGGCCGCCAUUUCAGCGCUCAACUUCGUCGUGUACAGCGUGUUCGCCAGGAACUACAAGCCCAAGAGUCAAGACUAUGCUCUCAUGACGUGACUACAAACAGCUCUGCUCCCUUUCUCGUCUGGUACAUUCGACUCGGUUCCUGUGUUGCAUGUUUGCCAAUUUGUGGCUUGCGAAGGGUAAUUUGCGAGUUCUCGUUCAACCGCUAGUGCGUCUGUCAAUAUGAGACUGUACAUAACAUAUGUACUAGCCAGGUGCCUGUGCAUUACGACGGCAUACAAAAUAUUGAAUAAAAUGGUAACGCACAACUAAAUCAGUUCAAAAAGAUA